CCUCGUGUACAGAUAUUGUAUGGAAGAACGACCAAAGCGUAUAAUUACAAAACCAACAAGCUACCAGACAACAUCAUCAGACGAGGCUCCUCCAGUAUACAAACGGACUGCACCUGUGCCAAACAUCACGGCAGGAAGCAUCAAAGAGGACAUCAAAGAUAUACGGCCCACCCUGGACAAGAAUGCAAACAACGAUAUACAUUUAUUUACUAAUAGUACACAAAACAUAUCAUCGCGCACACACGCAUAUAAUUCCACACACAUUACUCCCACAGCAUCUGUCCACCCAGCACAAGAUACACCGAAUCAUACUUCUCACACUACAUGUAUACCUCACGAAAAUGAACACCUGUACUACACUAAUGAUACAUAUACUGAGUUGCAGGGUACUUCGCGCCCAUGGACAACGCAGAGGCACACGCAGCAUCAGUUCCAUCAGGAGCAUCUAUCUUACGAGCAGUACGAAGAGCGGCUACCUUAUGGCCAACAUGCACGAAUAACACAGAAGGCGGACAAUCGGGAAAACAACGAUCGUUGGGAGCGCAUGGAAAAGAGACUUACGAAGAUGGCCUCAGUGGCCUCAAGGUCCCGAGUUCCAAAUACAGAUGCAAGACGCUCUUCGGACAGCGAAGGAACGACACCGCCACAGAGGACGUAAUCAACGUAGAACGGCAGCCGGCCCAAGGAUACAGCGCGACUUAUGAAGCGACGAGCGUGCAGACGAGGAAGAGGAGCAGGACCAGCAAGACCUGACAUAAGAUGCAUGGGACGAGGAUGAGGUCGAAGACAACACUCACGGUCGCAGGAGGUCGAGAGAGAGAGAGA